AUGAUGCAGAGGGUCUUCAGGGGCAAGCUGCAGAGCAGUGACGAGGUCACCAUCAAAUACAAGGACGAAGACGAUGAUCUAAUCACCAUUUUCGACAGUUCUGACCUCUCCUUUGCCAUCCAGUGCAGCAGAAUACUGAAGCUCACUCUGUUCGUGAAUGGACAGCCUCGGCCCUUGGAGUCAAGUCAGGUGAAGUACCUUCGGCGGGAGCUGAUAGAGCUGAGGAACAAAGUAAAUCGUCUGCUGGACAGCCUGGAGCCCCCUGUUGAGCCCGGCCACACCUCCAGCCUGCCAGAGAAUGAGGCGGUAGAUGGCAGAGAGGGGAAGCAGGUGGCUCCUGACUCCACAGGCAAGCAGCCCAUCCCCGUCAGUGCUGCCAGCAUGUCGGCCUUUGACCCCCUGAAGAACCAGGAUGAAAUGAGCAAGAACGUCAUGUCCUCCUUCGGACUGUCAGAGGACCAGGCCUCAGGCCCCCCCAGCGCGCCAGUGGAGGAGCGAUCGGGGACUCCGGACAGCAUCGCCUCCUCUUCCUCUGCUGCCCACCAGCCUGGACACCCCCCUCCGCAGCAGAACCAGUAUGGAGGAGUACAGCCUUCGCCUGCCACCAUGGACGGCCAGAUGUACCAGCAGUACCAAGCCCAGGGUGGCUAUGCACCUCCUCAGCCUGCAGCCCCUCAGCAGCAGUACGGAGUGCAGUACCCAGCAGGUUACAAUCCCCAGGCGGGCCCCCAGCCGACACCUCAGCAACCGCAGCAGUUCCAAAGUUAUAACCCACCAACGUCCCAGGGAGCUGCCCCCGCGCCCGGGUUCACGGGGCAGCAGCAGCAGCAGCCCCAGACUGCCCAGCAGUACCCACCUGGUACCUUCCCUCCCCAAAACUAUGCCACCCAAGCGUCCCAGCCAGCUAACUAUAACAUGCCCCCUGCCUCCCAGCCAGGUAUGGCCCCUGCCCAGCCCGGGGCCGGCUUUCAGCCCCGUCCGGGCUUCACCCCGCCUCCGGGCAGCACAGUGACCCCCCCGCCUAGUGGCUCCAACCCUUACGCCCGCAACCGCCCACCCUAUGGCCAGGGCUACACCCAGCCGGGCCCCGGGUACCGAUAAGGCCCGGCGGGGUUCUCCACCGACUGCAAGAGCUCAGAGGGGAGCUCUGACGGCGCCCCGCAGCCCUGGCCAAGAACUAGGAAACGUCCCGUCCCCCCGUACUCGCGCAAUCCAAAACGCAAAGUUUUGUUUUUUUCCCUCUCUCUCUCUCUUUUUUUUUUUAUUGUAUAUGGUUGACGCAUAAAAAGUGGGCACCUUUUUUCACAGUUGCAUUUAAAUAAAAAAAGAAAUAGCGAAUGUUGGCAAGGGUGGGAGACCUGGGUGAAUUAUGUUGAUUUUUUUUUCCUUUUGCCACUAUCCAGUACAUUGGUAUUAUACGUAAGUAAAGUUAAAUCAAUCUUUUCGGGAAACACUAAGUAUAUAUCAUUAAUGGAAGAAGUAGAUUGAACCUUCUGAAGGAUAUUACAUUGUUAGCUUUAAGUUUAGAUUACCUGUGUUUGUUGUUUUUUUCUCCAGCUGGUUUUUACUAAUAUCUGAUUGAAGAUUCCACAUGAGUGUGUCCUUAGAUGUUCUGUACAAACUGUAACAUUCUCUUAGAAAGCUAAUAAAGAUAUCCAGAUCCAC